AUGGAAGCGCGGGCCGGGCUCCCGGUGCUGCCUCUUUCCGGGCGGGCUCCCCGGGGCCGCUGCUGGGCGCUGCCCACCGCGCUGCUCUGCCUGUACGGCUUCUUCGCCAGCCUGCGGCCCUCGGAGCCCUUCCUCACCCGCUACCUGCUGGGGCCGGACAAGAACCUCACCGAGACCCAGGUUUUCAAUGAAAUUUAUCCAGUAUGGACCUACUCUUAUUUGGUGUUGCUGUUUCCUGUAUUCCUUGCAACAGACUAUCUCAGGUACAAACCUGUAAUCCUCCUCCAGGGACUGAGCCUUAUAGUGACAUGGUUCAUGCUGCUCUACGCCCAAGGAUUGCUAGCUAUUCAGUUCCUCGAGUUCUUCUAUGGAUUGGUGACUGCUACGGAGAUUGCCUAUUAUUCCUACAUCUAUAGCAUUGUGGAUUUGAACUUGUACCAGAAAGUCACCAGCUACUGUCGAAGUGCCACCCUGGUGGGUUACACUGUGGGUUCCAUCUGUGGACAGGUUCUGGUAUCGGUUGCCAAUUGGUCUCUGUUCAGCUUGAACGUCAUCUCCCUGACCUCUGUGUCUGUGGCUUUUGCCACAGCUUGGUUUCUGCCAAUGCCACAGAAAAGUCUUUUCUUUCACCACGUCUUGAGAAGCCAGGUCAGUAGGGAGAUGAAAGUUCUAGAUUGUAAAAAUGGAGUUGUCAUCGGAGAUGAUCCUGCCGUAAAAAGGGUCCCUGGGUGGGAAGACAUUGAAUUGAAAGUUCCCUUAAAUGUAGAAGAGCAUUCUGCAGAGACACAGGAGCAGAAAGUGGAUAUCUCAAAGGUGCUCAGAGAGUUAUGGCGGGACUUCCUGCAGUGCUAUUCCUCCCGGCCUAUGCUUUGCUGGUCUGUGUGGUGGGCAUUCUCAACUUGUGGCUACUUCCAGGUAAUAAACUACACGCAAGGCUUGUGGGAAAUGGUGCUGCCUUCUCAGAGGUUCGAGAUCUAUAAUGGUGGCGUGGAGGCAGUUUCUACGCUACUAGGAGCUGUUGCUGUAUUUGCUGUGGGUUACAUAAAAGUAUCCUGGGCUACCUGGGGUGAGGUGGCAUUGGCCCUGUUCUCCCUCCUCAUUGCUGCUGCUGUAUAUGUCAUGGACACUGUUCGUAACAUCUGGGUGUGUUAUGCCUCAUAUGUAAUCUUCAGAAUUGUCUACAUGCUGCUCAUCACAAUAGCAACGUUCCAAAUUGCUACCAAUCUAAGCAUGGAGCGGUACGCCCUGGUGUUUGGUAUCAAUACUUUCAUUGCCUUGGCUCUGCAGACUUUGCUCACCUUGAUUGUUGUUGACUCCAGUGGUCUUGGGCUAAACAUAUUCACACAGUUCAUGAUCUACGCUAGUUACUUUGCAGCCAUAUCGCUGGUGUUCUUGGUCAGUGGCAUAUACAGUGUUAUGAAGAAUUACAGAAGACAGGAAGAGAUGCCAAGCAGAUCUACUGCAAGCCCUCCUUAG